AUGUCUCGCUGCUUUCCAUUUCCACCACCAGGAUAUGAAAGAAAGCAUCAAUCAAAAAAUUUGGACGUACUGAGAGAGGAGAAGCGCAAGGAGAAAAAGCAUAAGGAAAAGAAAGACAAGGAAAACAGAGAAGGUAAAGAGAAAAGGGAAAAGGAUAGAAGUGAAGGGAAACACAGAGACAAAAGAAACCGAAAAGAAAAACGCAAAGACAAGAAGGAUAAACACAGGAACAAGAAGAAGGAUGAGGAGGACCAAAGCAAAGAUAAAGAGAAAAGCAGCAUCUCUGAGGAGUCCACUGUUGCUGGGAAAAUUGAGGGAAAAGGUGAAGAGAGGCUUCGUCCAACAGUGCAUAACAAAGCUACAGGAAGUUCCUUGGAUGAAGUGAAACAUGCUACACAGUUUCAGGUUCAGAAUGGAGGGAAACCUAUUCAAAACAACCUUGUUUCCCUGGAUCUCAAGGAAUCAAAGUUUGCAUUGGAGCCGAACACUACGAUCAGAAAUCAUGAGAAGGAAUCAGUGAGCCAGUUACUUGAGAGGGUCUCAGGUGUGUGCAAAAGGGAUCAAGAUGCAGCAAGAGCUGCUGUGAGAGAUUCUUCGGGAUUAUUGGCAGAUGACAAGGGACAGAACAAAGAUAAUGGAGUUCACAGAAAGACCAGUGUGCCAAUAUGGAACUUAUCUGGAAUGGCCAAAUAUAAAAUUGGAGGGAUGCCCAGACUGGUGGAGGAACAGGGUGACCAGAGAUUUGAAGGGAAAGAGAAAUCUAAAGAAAAAGGCGAUGAUCCCAGUCUGGUGGAGCAACACGGUGACCAGAGAUUGGAAGGGAAAGAGAAAUCUAAAGAAAAAGGUGAUAUUAAGAGGGGAGAAAGUCGUAAGGAUAAAGAAAGAGAGAAACAUAGCCAUAGAAAGGACAAAAACGAAGGUAAGGAAAAAGAAAAGAAAAGGGUGAAGGUGAAGGAAAAAAUUGAAGAUAAGGAAACCAAGGAGGAUGUAUCGAAAGAUCAACGCAUGAAUGACCUCAUUGGUGUUUCUAGUUAUAAGAGCAUGCAUAUGGUGAAAGACUUCAACAGCAAUGCUGUUAAUGAGGGAAAUAUGAGGAAAAGAAAAGAUUUGGGUAGCAAUUGUUUUAUCCAUGAGAGUGAAGUCAGGCCUAAUAAAUUGCUGAAGGAAGCUUCUCAUCAAUUGACUGAGAAUGGGAGAAAAAUGGACGCCGCCCGAACUCCCAACCUGUCUACUUCUGAUAAGCAGCAGGGGAUUCCUGAGAACGUUCGACUGGGUAAAAAGGACCAGAGGGUAAAUGGUAUAACUGAAGCCCAGCAAUUGUCUGUUUCCAAACCAAAGACUUCUACUGCAACUAUUAUUACUAAUCAAAUUGCGGAAGCAUCAAAAAAACCUCCCGACCCUGAAAAGUGUAUGAGCAAGGCACUCACAGUUCCCAAGUUGGAGGAUCAAAUUGCUGAAGCAUCAAGGAAACCUCCCCAUCCAGAUUCCAAGUAUCUGAGUGUGGUACUUACAGUACCCAAGAUGGAGUGGUCUGAAUUUGACGACCAGGACUGGUUGUUUAGCAGGAAAGAUCCUCCGUCAGAGAAGCCUGAGGUGGGUUCUGAUCAGAUGAAUCAGGAACACUGCGUGUGGUCUGAAGCUAUGCAUGUGGAGUCAACCGAUGUUUAUGCGAUGCCAUAUGUCAUUCCUUAUUAA